AUGUAUUGCAACACAUGUCACCAGCCGUGGCAAAACGUGAUCGAUCAUUCCUUUGUGCACGGUCAAAAGCAGCCGCAGCAACAGGAACAGACUCAUCAAUACCAGACCCCAUGGCAAGGACAACAAGAUUGGCAAGCCCAUUGGAACUCUACAUCUGCUCGCGGCAGAACACCUUCACCGCGACAGAGACAGAGACCACGCAGUGCCAAGGGCAACAAAACACCGAAGAAUGCACAGCAGGCAAUGACACAGCCGACACCGCCCAUGAUGAUGCCGGCCAUGCCAAAUCCAUACAUGGGUCCAGUUCCACAGAUGCCCAUGAUGUAUUCUCAGCAGCCAAUGAUGUUUCCAAUGCAAGGAGCCCUACCUCCCUUGCCGCCACCGGAUGUUCCUUGGCAACCAUCGACCGCAGCACAGAACAUGGCCAAAAUGCCAGCGCCUGUGCCUACAUCUUUGGGUAUGCCAUCGCCAUCGACUAUGCCAACGAUGCCAGCACCAGCCAUGCCGAAGAUGCCGGCGGGAGCAACGCCAUCAAUGGCAGAGACCGACGAGGAGGUGAGGGGACUUAUGUCUAUGAUGAGAGGCAGACAAGCAGAACUGCCAGAAGACAUGCAGAAGAAGGUGCAAAAGGUCUUGACAAAGUAUGGACAACAGGCCUCCACGGACCUCCAUGCUGCAGUGACGGCCCUGGACACUGCCCGCAACAACUACGACGAGGCUGUGCUUGCCAGGAGUCAACAUCAUGCGAUGUGGAAGAAAUUCCUCUCCGAUGCAGUUCAAUUAUGGCAAACCUAUGCGGCUCAAUUUGUGGAUCAAGAACGGAAACUCCAAGAACAAGUGAGUCUUCACAAAGAAUCCCUCAUUGCUGCCAAGCAGGACUUGGAGAAAUCCAAGGUUGCCAAACUAGGAGCUGGAGAUGUACAACACAUCGCAUCGGACGAGGAGGCAGAGGACCAAGAUGCCAACACCUCGAGCCAUGCGGCGACCAAGAUCACGGAGACAAUGCAAGGACUUGCCAAAUCCUUGCAAUCCCUCCAUCAGGAGGCAGAGGCCAUGGUCGCAGAAGAAGCACAUGCUGCCAAAAGGCAAAAGAUGAUGCCACCAAAAGACGAAGACCAGCCCAUGAAUGCAGGUCUUGGCACUGGCUCGCAUUUUGGCCAGGAAAACUUUAUCAACGAAUGGGCUGCCAUCGAAAAUGCACGUUCCCUAGCAUUUGACCUUGGCACCUACAAUGGAAUCUUCCCACUUGACAUGAGGCUGAGUAAUGUUUCCGCCAAAGCCAUAUCAUCACACAGGAGAUUGGGUUUUGCUCCUGAUGUUGACGUUCUGAUUGGCAUGGAGGAUGAGCUGACCAUGUACAGGACUGUGGUCUCUGACAUUUGCCUAGGCACAGGUUCUAUGCCCUGGCGACAAGGUUUGCUCAGAGGAGGCACAUACCAGCCCUUUUCGAGCGAGGAACUCCCAGACUCUUGGGACAACCUUUUUCAAGAUGAGGAAACUACGAAGUGGAAUUGGACAGCUUCACAUCGAGAUCCUCCGGUUUUGCAAACACCACGACAUGAUCCAACAUCAACAUCGAACACGAUUCGCAGCCCUGAUCCCUCACAUCCCACUGACAGAGACAUGACGAGAUCUCUGCGUGUCUCCAAUCCAAUUCCAAGAUGGGGACAUGAUCUUCUUGCACUCCUUGAACAAGAGGGACAAGAAGAAGAUGAUGAUGAAGGCUUGGUUGUGUUCGUCAGCUCUUUCUACAUUGAUCAUGAGAGAGUCUUGUUCCAUGAUGAGUCCCGCAUUUUGCGCUUUGACAAUGACUACAACGAAUGGGAAAACUCUAUACGGUUUAUCUGGGAAGACAUGGUAGACCCAAACGUGCCCAUCGAAGUUGUCAUCGUGCGGCCAGAGCCUCCCCAGCAUCCACAUCGAGGAACUAUGGCCACGGUCAUUGUGCAUCAAAAUUUGCGACCGGACAGGGCAGCAUGUCUUGUGACCGCGGUCCACAUCAUGGAUCCGACCACUACCUUUCAGCAUACUGCACAUUCCAUGGAGCUACAGAUGUCCCCAGCACGAAUCUUUCAACUUGCGAGAGUUGAUCAAGUUUGUCAGCAACGUCAACGUCAAGGAGCGGGUCGCUGCACGCUGCAUAUUGGACAUCAUCGACAUCUUGACCAUCAAUUUGUUGCGGCCUCUCAUGGUCUGGGCAUGCAUAUACGUAUUCCCACCACGCUCACGGGCUUUGAAGCCGAACAAAAUCUGCUCAGAAGAAUUCAACAACAGCGACGAGGAAGAAGAGGAGAUCCAUGGGAUCCUGCAGAUCCUCAGGAUAUUCCGCCUGAGAAUACGCACCCACCUGCUGAUCCAUCCUCUGCACAUCCGGAAGAUGAAGUUUCCUUCAUGGGCAGAAGACCAAGAAGGUUACAAAGCAUUGUCGAAGUAUCAUCUUCAACAUCGCCUGAAACCAUUUCUUCAACGGAAUCCUCCACAGACUGGAGACAGACAGUCAUCUUCACCCUGGAUGGAAUGUCGACGUCUGCUCAAUUGCCUUGGCAUGAUAUGGACCUUUUGUAUGAACAAGUUGCAAUUGCACUUGAGUUGAACAGAAGAGACAUCCUACGUGUUCAAGCAGUGCACAGACCUCUGGACUACAUCCAGGUGAAUUUGUACGGCAUGAUUCUCCAACGGGCACAUGAAUUUCGACCUAAUCCAUAUGUCCGUUUGACCCUUGUGGACAGGGAACUGCAUGUUGCCAAUGAGAUUCAAUCGUCGCCCUUUCAGCGCUACCCCAAAUGGCUCCCGUAUGUAGCCGACAGGGAAGCACUGGUGCAGGCACUUGGACUGGAAUCAUUGUGCUCCACACAGGAAAGCCCAUGCCGCAUCUGGCGCAAUAAUGUCAUUCUAGACACGGAUCCGAGAACAAGACUGCAUAUUUCUGACGGUGACUACAUCAAAGUCUAUGUCGGAGACAAUGACAAUCUCGACAUAUGCCUUUCUGACAUUGACAUUGAGUCCCCGGAAGAACAAUUUGAAAGCAGCCCGCUCAACGAUGAUGAAGAAGAGACGGCCCUUUUCCAACGACCACCCAUUGGAGCAUAUCCUCAGGGAGUACCUCCGCCACCGCAGAGAGCCUUCAACGCCCAGCUCCACUUCGAUGAUCGCAGACUCUUUGCUCAUUUGUUUGCAACCACCUCCAUCAUCGAAUGUGAAGACGAAGGCGGUGGAUGUCACAACUUUGCCUUCAAUCCUCAUGCGAUGCCAUUUGAUCCAGUUGGCGAACGCCGACCCCAAGACUGGACGGAUCCUCAACAACGAACAAUUGUUCAAGUGGUUUACUCCCACUGGAAUACCACAACCAUCAUGCCGCCGACAUACCUGGAACUCAACUCCAUCUAUUCAGCUGCAGAUGUUGAGCAGGAACUACGUAACUGGGGCUUCCAGUACCAAAUUUUCCUUUGCGGUGAACAUGACACGGUUUUUGCUCUUUCACAACAAGAAGCCUUGUGCGAUCACACCUAUGUGUACUGUGCGGCCGAUUGCAACUUGAGUGAGCCUGUCUUUGUGAACAUCACUGACAAAGAACUUCAGGAACAACAACAUAUGCGAUAUUUGCAUUCCAGAGGCUACCACAAAGCUGUGAUCAUGCAGACUGAACCUUGGAUGGAGAAGCUGCAGUGCAUCCACUUUCUUGAUGUCCAACCAGACCAGGCAGAACUCUUGCGUGACUUACGCCUACGCACUCCAUGGCCGGCACGCCAAAUGCAACAGUUGACAUCAACCACUCUGAUCCAUACCGAAGUAGUUGAUCAGUCUGGCCGUUCAACCUGCCACAUCCAAUUUGACACCCAGGAACUCCGGGCAUUCAUGGAGGCAUCCAAUGACAUCUUGUGGAAAGACCACUCUCUUUUUGACCUUCCCGAGUUCAUCAGAGUGGCUCUGGAUCGAUGUCAGCCUGUCCAGCGAAUUGAUCGAUAUGUCAUUUUUACUGACGGAUCGUCUCAAGCCGUGCAUCGACAUCGUCCACCACUUUGGGUUGCAGACAAUGAUGUGAGCGAUUCCUGGGCCUUUGCGGUCUUUGCUGAGCAGUACGCUGAGGACGACACGGCAGUGAACAUGCAAAGCUUCACCUCCAUCCUACGACACCUGUGGAUGGCUGUAGCCUGCACGCCUGACCUACCACUCCUACAUGAGGAUGGCUUCAGUGUCCCACCUUGUGCACUCCCCAUCAGAACCACAGCACAGGCACCAGAGGUACCUGCUGCCCAAGUUCUCACCCGCUACACCAUCAGUUGCGGGACUGCGAACGUCAGAACAUUUUACAGAGGGGAACAAGGUCACCCUGGAAAGCUUCAAUAUGUCCGAGAACAAUUCCGUGCAUCUGGUCUUCAUUUCAUUGGAAUACAAGAAGCUCGCACAGAUCCAGGUACCUCCCUUCAAGACAAGAUCUACCGUUUGGCGAGUGGACAUGAAGGAGGGCAUUUUGGUGUGGAGAUAUGGAUCAAUCUGAUGCAACCGUAUGCCUAUCAAGGUCGCCAUCCCAAACACUUUCAGCGGUCUGAUUUUGUCGUUGUUGACAGGGCGCCUCGACAUCUUUUGGUCCAUGUAGUCAAUGAAGACAUGAGCUUUUGGAUCCUAUGUGCACAUGCACUGCACAGUGGAUCUCCCAGUGGUGAACGUGAAACAUGGUGGCACAUGCUUUCAGAAACCAUUCAAAGGCAUGCCCAACACGACCCGCUGGUCGUCAUGAUUGACGCCAAUGCUCGCAGUGGACCUGCUGAUCAUGUCCAUGUUUUUGGGAAUGACGACGUGGCCAAUACCAACACAGCUCUUUUCAGGGAGUUUUUGGAGGAACAUCAACUAUGUACUCCUUCCACUCUCACUCUACAUGAGGGACAUCAAACCACAUGGAUGCACCCAUCAGAAGAUGCGGAAUAUCGGAUAGACUAUGUCUUAGUCCCGAUUCACUGGUCCCUGGGUCACCUGGGAGAUCAUCGUGCCAUGGCCAUUGAACUAUCAUGGCAAGAAGCUGGCCACAAGAUGAAAAAGAACCAGAAGAUCAAAUCCUAUGACCGAACAGGUAUCCUGACGGCGGAUUUGGCAAAAGGCCUUGAUGAUUAUGCUCCGCUACCAUGGCAGGCUGACAUUGAGAACCAGGUGGACCACUUCAACCAGCAUGUGCUUGAAGUCCUGCAUCAACAAUGCCCAACCAAAAGGCAAGGACCAAAGAAAUCCUACAUCUCUGAGCGGACUUGGCAGCUUCGAGCCCAAAAGCUACGGCUCCAACGCACUGCCAAAGACAACAAGAAACGUCAGCAAAAGGAGUUCAUGACUCGACUUUUCCAAAGAUGGGCAGGUCGAAUCGACAGUGACCGCCAAGAACAAUCUGUACAAUUUGAAAAUUCUUUGGCAGCUCACGGCUUGAAAACACGCAUCGAGCUCUACCUCGUCUCCAGACAGCUUCGAGGCGAAUUGACUGCUGCCAAGCGUGUGCAUGUCAAAGAGAUCAUCACGGCCCUUCCUCCGGAUUGUGAUUGGAUUCAAGAUCUGAGCACCUUCAUGCAGAAGGACUUGGAGCUUCGUCCUGAAGAUGUUCCAACCUUGACGGACCUUGAACAUGCAUACCGACGGGUUCGACCUCACAAAGCGGUAGGGAAGACGCUACAUCGAGCGGUCCGUGACCAUCAAGCAAAUGUCUACGAGGCAUUCCUCCAACAUCAACAGGCGAAGAGAUCUCACGCCAUGAUCUUCCUGGACCUUCAGGAAGCAUUCUAUCGAGUCCUUCGACCCAUCGCCAUUGGUGGCGUCAUCACGGACACCCUGCUGGCAUCCAUUGCGGAGAGAUUGAGCACUCGACCGGGCGACCCUUUUGCGGACGUGGUGUUUGGGUACAUGUUUGCCCGUUUGCUGACUACGGUCGAGCAGAAGAUGCAGGACCUCGACAUCUUGGAGACCAUCAAUGAUGUGAGUACACCUGGCCUUUUCCCGGACCUUCAUGCAGGGCCCAUGCAUCAGCACUCCAUUUUGGGGCCAACCUGGAUGGACGACCUCUGUAUAACAGUGACGUCCACCACAGCCCAUGGAGUAGAACAUAAAGCAGGACUGGCUGCGAGUGUGCUGCUGGAGACGUGCAUGAAUCAUGGAGUCACUCCCAAUCUCCAGAAAGGAAAGACAGAGAUACUCCUAUCCUUCAGAGGACAAGGUUCCAGGGCACUCAAGCAGAAAUACUUCAGUCCACAACAAGGCCAGAGGAUGAUGAUCCUGACUGAGUAUGGCACCCACUACAUUUCUGUCGUGGGCGACUACACCCAUCUAGGUGGCCUGACACACCACAGCGGCACAUCUCGUAAAGAGAUGAGAAGACGCAUUGCCAUUGGCAACAACGCAUUCAAUCUCCAUCGAAAAUUGCUCUUUCAGAACCGGGCCCUUUCGGCCGACAAAAGAACCCAACUUUUCAUGACCCUCGUGACCAGCAAGAUAUCCUAUGGAACGGAAUCUUGGAUUCUGGACGAUGUCAGAUCCAAAACCUAUUUCAAUGGAGCUAUCCUUCGUCUUUACAGAAGGUUGUUGAAGUGCGCACCAGACAGUGCCAUUCAAGAUGAUGAAAUCCUUGUGCAGACCCAACUCCCAGCUCCAGAAGAUCUUCUCCGGAUAUCAAGGCUGCGCUAUGUUGGACUGCUCUACCGCUGUGAAGAGGUCACGCCCUGGGCCCUCAUCCGAGCGGAUACACAAUGGAUCCAACAGAUCAAAGAGGAUCUACAAUGGCUCUGGCGUCUCGUUGAGCACACCACCAAAUUGCGCAAUCCAGAGGAACAUUUCCAUGCCUGGGAAUAUGUGCUCCGCUACCAUCGUAGUUACUGGAAGACUUUGCUUCAACGUGGACUUCAAUUGUCACAGCUCCAUCGACAAGAUGACAUGCUUCUACGUCGCCUUCAUCAUGACAUUCUUGGACACCUGGCGCACUGGGGACCGCUUCAAUUUGCACCAGUACGACCAAAUAUUCCAAUUGAACAUCAGACAGGCUACUAUGGUUGCAUGUCGUGCGGCAUUCGAUGCAAGUCAAAAGCUGGUGAGGGAGCACAUCUCUUCAAAGUCCAUGGUAUUUGUGCGCGAGAACGCCAUUGGAUCACCCACACUGGCUGUGAAGUAUGUCUUAAAGAAUAUCAUUCAUUUGAUAAAUUGCAGGCACAUCUUCGUCGGUCGGAUCAAUGCCGAGCACAACUAUGCACGAGGGCAACGCAGACCCCGAUCAUGCCAGGUCUUGGCUCCAGAGAUAAUGCCAUUCUGAAAGCGCAACAUGAUGAUCUACUCCCUGUUCAACAAGCAGCAGGUCCACGAACACUCCAGAAGCCUCCAGGUGAAAUUGACCUACAUCAUGUUCACCUAUUUGAGCAACUCAUUCUGCUGAUCAUGGACUCUCCUGUACUUGUGACAGGUGAUUUGCAACAUCGGAUGAGAACAAGCAUCCAGACGUAUGACAUCAGUUGGACGCAAACGCAGCUCACCCUCCGACAUGUGCAUCAAGCGAUUUCCUUGUUAGAGGAGUAUGAUGCUGCGACACCACGGGCUACUGCACUAUCAGCGCUGGAGUUUCUUUUGGAGCCCUCGGCAUGGGGAUUUCUCACUGAGAUCCGGUAUGAGAUUGCAGGCACAGAGCAUCUCCAUCACCUUGAUCUUUAUGAGCAAUGGUGCUGCGACUUGGCCACUGCCCCAUCACCGUGGAGACCAACCUUAACCUGCCCGCGACCAGUCUUUCGAGAACGAGUAGUCCUUCAUGCCUACUCGGGUCGAAGAAGGCCAGGGGAUUUCCAGUGGUUCCUUGACGCACUGGGUCGCCAGCAGAAAUUAGAAGGUUUUUAUGUAGUUUCCCUUGAUAUCGUAAUAGAUUCUACAUGGGGCGACAUUGGCAAUCAGAAGACACAGAGCUUCUGGCUUGAGUCGAUGCGUGCUGGCUUCGUGAUCGGGUUCCUCAGUGGGCCCCCCUGUUGCACAUGGUCUGUGGCGCGAGGGAAGCAUGUGGCUGGCUCGCACAGACGAGGUCCUCGAGUCCUUCGCACGGCAUCAGCACUGUGGGGCUUCCAUUCGGCCUCUCUCAAGGAGAAACGACAGCUCAUGGAUGGACAUCUACUCCUUGGCUUUAGCCUCAAGGCCAUGGUAGUCCUGUCCACCGUGGAGAGCUGUGGGGCUUUGGAGCAUCCGGCCGAACCCGCCGAUGAUCAAGCAGCGAGCAUCUGGCGGCUGCCCAUUGUCCAAAUGAUUGCCACUUUGCCAGGGUUUCGCCAUUAUGAGUUUGCGCAGGGAUUACUGGGAGCAGAUAGCGCCAAGCGCACAGGCUUGCUGUCUUUGAACCUUCCUGACCUGCCGAAGUUCCUUCGAGCCAACGCGGUAUGUGCCCACCUUCCACGAGCCCAAACCAUUGGCGUCGACGAGAACGGCCAGUUUCGAACAGCGAAACUGAAGGAGUAUCCUCCUGCUUUAUGUAAAGCGCUAGCAGAGGGAUUUUUCUCACAUUUUCCACCACCCGAAGAGGUGGUGAAGGCACCUACCCUACCAGCCGAUUUUGUUGAGCGUUGCAGACACAUGACCUGCACAGCCAUGGGCACCAAAAUCGGUGCUGACUACGCUGGAGGGUAG